UGUGCCAGCACCCCUGUGCGAAUGCCAUAUCCAACACUCACCCUCAUCUUCCCGUUAUCGUGCCCCCACAGAGGGCGGCGGAAGUUGCAAAAGGCAUCGAAAGCAUCGCAACGACCUUAAGCGAAAUCAAACACCUGCUGCCAUCUACGAGCAGCAAGCACAAUGAACGCAUUGUGGCGCUACUGAAUAAGCGCCGAGUCCAUGAUUCACUUGCAUGGUUAGAUGUGAAACAGUAUCCUCCUUCUCACUUUACCGUGCGUUGCUCCUCUAUCCUUUGCCUUCUCCAAAAUUACCCGUUGCUCUGCAUCCAGCGCACUAAACGCUCUCCAUACCCACUCGGCGGCUGAUACCAAUCCUCCGUUAGCAGAAGAACAAUCCGUUAACCCUUGGCAUGUUCAGUGUGUCCGCGUGUAGUGAAGAGGACGUCGACAAGCCCGGCAACGACAGCAGCGCACAGGACGAGCUAGUACAGCAGCAUGACGAAGAUGAUGACGACGAAUGCUUCGAGGACAGCUUGGCCGAACGCCUUGUCGUGCAGGAGAUGCUUGACGACUUGUCGUGCUCGAGUGAGAGUGAAAUUGACGUGGUAGAAGAGGACGAAGAUGAGGAUGCGCGCCUCCACGAGGUACCGGCCGAUACGAUGGAGCCAGUCGAAUUUCCGCUCACAUCGAGGUACAGUGGAUACGAGAACGUCGAGAAGGUUCAAGAUGUCAAGCUGGACGGAGAGGACUACGGACACCAGGACGAAAUUGUCGCCGACAGCGACAACGUUUCACGUUCAUCAGCAGCACAGGGCACAUGCACUGUUCCGAUGUAUCCACUGUCGCCAUCACCGAGCCCACUCAACCCCGCCUCAGACGUAUUGCAAAUCCACAUGGACAGCGAAUUCGAGCUAGCCUCCUACACUGGAUCUGCAUCAGAGGCAAGUUCUGACGAGGAAUUCUGCACGGGUGCGUACCUAGUGCAUUAGCUAUGCGUGCAAACUCCUGCGCCAAAGUGUCAUUUCGCAACUGCGAGCCCAUUCAAUCAUGCCACUUGCGAAGACGUGCGCAACGACAGACUUUGAUCCGCGUCACAUU